CAUAGUCUUUCGAACAUAAUCGAUUAAUCGAGAAUAAGAGAAUAAAUUUUUCGAUUUAUCGAUAGGAUACGUUUGCCUCUGCUGAGUUUGCAUAGAAUGACAGUUCUACAGACAAGUAGUGUGCGCAACUCAGACUAUUCUGAUUAUCCACUUUUUUUACUAAUGUCACCGACUGCGUAUUAUGGAUAAUAAAGGAAAACCUAUUUGCCAAGAUAUAUGUACUGAUUGAAGACACCUAAUGCAAAGUGAUUCUUUCUUCACGCGGAAUGACAGUGAUUCACUCUACAACAAAAUUCUAAAAUUACGUCGUACAUUUCGUUCGAACGGAUACCAUUAAUGGAAUCGUAUUUACCAUUAUCAGAAGUUGGAUAGGAAUGUUCAUUCAAUGACUUCAGAAUUGGCGUAGCUAACAUUAACGACGCAAUGGAAAAAUUCGCUAUUGAUUUGGACAAGGUUUUGGACGAUUUCGAAUUUAACGAAGACUGUGCAGAGCAAAUAGCAUCUGAUAAUCUUUCAACAAACAAUGCGUCAUCUUCUUCAGUUAAAUGUAAUUUAGAACCUUCAGCUUUAAAAGGUUAUAAUUAUCUUCUAAUAGAGCCUAAGAAAGUAAAUAAAGAAUUCGAUAUUAUAUUACCUGUAGAAAGGCAUAAAGACUUGCAACAAAUAAAUACAAAAAACAAAUGUAUUAAUGAAAAUGAUAUAGUUUCUGAGAAUCUUAAUUGUAGUACAGAACAGACAACAAUAGAAAAUACAGAUGUAAAUCAGUUUUAUACACAAGAAUGCACAAACGAUAAUAAGUCAAUACAAAAACAAUCUGUUUCAUCUUAUGAUUCUGAACAGGUUUCUUUAGCAAUAUAUAAUGAUAUAUCGCAAAAGGUAAUACAAAAACAACAAAAUAGUAACAACAGCCCAAAGAUUGACAAUAGAUAUGAUAAGAAAUUGAACCAGUCUAAUCUGAAACCUAGUGUUAGCAACGUUUUCAGCAGUUUGAAUGAGUACAUUAAUGCUCCACCUGGAAGUUCAGAUUGCAUUCAUUCUGUAUUAAAUGAUUCAGAAAUACAGUCUGAUUUAGAGACUAAGGUACCUCAGAUAAUUCAGAGCAGUGCUAAAGAUAGUGAUGAAAGUAUACCACAUGAACAGACAGUUGAUAUACCUGAUCCAACUAGAGAAAUUCUUGUUCAAAGCUAUCAGGAUGCCACAAUACCCAUAACGGUAGAAUUACCAAUUACAUAUGAAACUAACAUUAAAGAGGACGUAAAAAAUGUUCAUGUAACAAAUUUCAAACCAUUGGAAAGCAAAACAGACCCUCCUGAAAAAGUUGUUCUAAAUGAAGCUUGUAUUGAAUUAAGUAAUAAAGCAGAAAUUAAAAAUGACAAAACACAUAACUAUAAUUCUGAUAGGAUAGAUCAGGAAAAAAAUUCUAUGCUUGAGUGUACUUAUAAACAAGAUGAUUAUUAUGAAAAUGAGUCUACAACACAAUUGCAAGAUAAUGAAAGUAAAUUAAGCGUGGAAAGUAUUGGUACAAAUGAGGAACAUAGGAGCAGCUUAAAUUCAGUAUCUAAGCCAAUUGGAUUUAGUAACAUUGAUAAUUUAUCAGAAGAUGAAUUGACCAAAUAUUUAGCCGAAUUAGAAGAAGAGGAGAAAUUAAGGGAAAGCUGCAAUAAAUAUGAAAAUAUUACAAAUACAGCACAGAAUGUUUCUCAAGAUCAAAAAGAUGAAAAUAAGCAAAAUGUCCAAGUUUUCCCAGAUACUUCUGUAGAAUCUCGCAAAAUGAUAGAAUCAGAAUUAAAUGAAAGGAUAGAAAACAUUUCAGUAUCUGACUGUCAGGAAAAGGAAACGGACAAAGAAUUAUUAAAUAAUGCAUUAAUGAAGCAUGAAUCUGAUGAUCGAUUAAAUGAAGACAGAUUAAAUAAACACAAAGAUAUUUUAAGUAAUCCAAGUGGUAAAGAAUUAAAAUUGUUGCAUAGAGUUAAUAUAGCUAAAGAUGAUAAAGUGAAAUUAGAAAAUGAAUGCGUGCCUGAUACAAAAGAUAUUGAAGACAGCCAAGAAAGUCCUACAUAUAGCUUAAAUAUUAAUCAAGGAUCACUAAAUGAUGGCAGAACUGAGAUACAAUUAAAAGAGCAGAAAGGAAAUUCUACGCAAUAUAAUCAAGCUUGUGAAUUAAAAAUGCCAAGUGAUAUUGAUAAUAUUUCAGAAGAAAGAACUUCAACAACAUCUGAGCCAGAUACAUUAAUUGAUAUGACAAAACAUAAUAAUGUUAUAUCUACGUCUGUGGAUGUUUACACAAGACCAAAUGUAAGUGAUACUAGCAAUGAUUCAGAGAAGCCAGUACGUCCCCAAACGUUGGAUAUUGUUUUGUCAAACAAUAGCACAGAACACCAAGUACUUGGUUCUACAAGUGAUACACCAUCUUAUCAAAUUCAAUCAGAUACUGAUGGUAUAAAAGAGGAGCAAGGAUCUUCGCCGGAUAUUUUAGAGAAUUCUUUACCGGAAUCUGGCUCAGUUCUGGGAAAACAACCACCAUUCUGGGUUCCCGAUAGCGAUGCUCCUAGCUGCAUGCUCUGUGAUGUUAAGUUUACCGUUAUCAAAAGACGACAUCAUUGUCGGGCAUGCGGAAAAGUGUUAUGUAAUAAAUGUUGUAAUAUGAAAUAUAAAUUAGAAUAUCAAGGAAACAUUGAUUCACGCGUUUGUGUUUCUUGUUAUCAGCUUCUUACUAAAGCUGAAACAGAGCAGGGUAUGGGAGAAUGGUCUUCUGGUUAUUCCACAUGUAUGAAUAAUAAUGAUAUCAAUUCGCCCCAGGGGAGACAGCCUAAUCCAAAUAAUCCCAUGGAGUACUGUUCAACUAUACCACCCUUGCAACAGUUAGCUGGCGGCUUGCCUCCACCUCCUACGGUUAUGGUACCCGUUGGAGUCCUUAAAAGGGAAGAUGGUACAAAGAGUCGGCCUGAAAUUUCAAAAUCUGUUAUGUUCAGUGAUGGAAUAAGGCCUGGCUGUGACCUGACAGAACUAGACAUGUCGUGGGAUUUGAAACCACCAUACCGGAAAUCUGGUAGUAAGAGAAUACCAACACCUGGCUCAUCUGCACCAAGUACGUCUGUCAAGAAACAGAACCUACCACGUUUUGACCCAAAUACAGAAAGUUAUGUGCCACAAGACCCUAAUGCGCUUCCACCAACAGUAACGAUACAUAAAGGACAGGUAUCGUAUCAUGCUGUAACGGACGAGAAUCUUCUAUACAAAACGCUGAAAAAUGAAUGUGAACCACCUGUUAUGUUUGCGAUUAAUCGAAAUCUCUAUGCAUAUGUAAAAAUAGUAACUUUAAAUUGUUGUGUUAAUAAAACAUGUUGGAAUGUAACUUCGAAAGGAUUGGAUUGCGUCGGACAAGAUGAAAUUAUAUUAUUAAUCGAGGCAUUACCUGAUGAAACCCGGGUUCCUAAGGAUCUGCUUCUUUUUAUUAACCAAUUACGUCUCGAAGCUAUGAAAGGAAACAUUGUGUCCGAAUUGGGAUUUUUAAUAUACCAGGGAGGAAAUUUCUUGGAUUCUCGGGAACACGCAGGGUUCUUGUUUAUUCGACAAACAUCGCAAUGCUUGCAAAAAAUUGUAUUACCUCCUGGCCCGUACCUAUUUGGCCUCCUAGUUCACAGGUGGGAAACACCAUGGGCGAAAGUAUUCCCGUUACGCCUUGUUUUACGACUGGGCGCAGAAUAUCGUUACUAUCCAUGCCCGUUGUUCUCGGUUCGGUUUCGAGAUGCAUUAUACUUUGAAAUAGGACAUACAGUUAUGAAGGUUUUAGCGGAUUUCAGAAAUUUUGCGUACACGUUACCAAGUGUGAGGGGACUAACAAUUCACUUAAGAAACAGAAUGACGGAUGUAAUGUUUCCGAGAAAUCGAUACGAUCAAGUGAUCAAAGGUUUAAAUAAUUCGAAUGAUCACGUAUUAGCAUACGCUUCAAAUUUUAGUAUCGCUGCUGACUCACAUUUAGUCUGUAUACAAACUAAUACCGGUGAUGAAAGCACUUAUCAAACGCAAGCGAUAAGUAUCAAUAAUAAUCCAAGAACAAUAACAGGUACUAGUUUUAUCGUGAUUAACGGAGCAUUGAAAUCAUCGAUGGGUUUGUCAGCGAAAUCUAGCAUAGUUGAGGAUGGAUUAAUGGUAGAAAUAAUGCCAGAGAAAAUGGAAGCCUUGAAAGCAGCUCUAAAAAAUAUGCAAGACUUUUCGAUCGGAUGCGGUCGACAAGGAGCACCCGAGCCGGAUGAAACAGUGAACAUAAAGUGGGUCGAUAAUGACGUGCAAUUCAAUGUAGGGGUAAAAAGUCCUAUUGAUAGACGACCUAUGGAUGGUAUUCCUUCAAUCCGAAUACACAAUGGUAUUGAUUAUAAAGGAACGAGUAGAUUUAUACGAUGGACAGAAGUAUUUAUCAUUAAUUCCGAUGAUCAUCCGAAUGGUGUUCAUGAUCCUGUGGAUAUAAAUAAAUUAUCAGGAAAUAUAGCGAAAGCAACAUGUACAGCCUUAGUGAAGUUAUUGGACUUAUUAGCCAAUGCUGGUUUAACAAAGCUUGGUGUAAGAACAACUAUUCAUCCUGACAAUGUUGGUUAUGAAGCCGGUAGCGAAGGUAUGAAAUUGCCUCCAAUCUACAUGAAGAGUUUAGACAACGAAUUAAUUCAAGUUCUGCAUAAAGCAGCGCAAAGUAGUCAAGAUACGCAUAUUGUGCUUGAAUUAAUUUUUUACAUACUCGAUGAUUGAAACCUUGCUCCGCUCGCUCCUGUUUUGUUAACGUUUUUAUUAAUAUAACAUAGUAGAAAUAUAAAGCUCGUGAUGUUCGUGCACGACUGAAAUGUAUAAUUAAAAAACUCGUGGAACCACUAAAAAAUAGAUCUUUUGAGCGAAAAAUAUUUUCUAUCUGAAUACUAUCUAUCUAUAA